UGUGCUUGAAUUUGACACGGGACUUGUGUGCAAACACAGUGGCCUAUGACGAGAAUUUAUACAAAAAAAAAUUGAGCAAAAUGGCGAGGAUUAAUCAAGCCCUCAUUUUCUUCACACUCCUCGGAAAUAUCCUGGCACAAGAAGGAUAUAAUUAUCAACGACCGGAGAAACCAUUUGGACCUACUCCAGCCCCGGGAGGAUUUCCAGGAGUUACUCCCCCUACUUAUGGACCCCCUCAACCUGGAGGUUUUCCAAGCCCUCCAACUCCAUCAAAACCCGGAUUUCCUCCCACUGGAGGUUUCCCAAGCCCUCCAACUCCAUCAAGCCCUGGAUUUCCCCCCACUGGAGGUUUCCCAAGUACUCCAUCCGGCCCUGGAUAUCCCCCUGCUGGUCAAAUUGGAGGUUUCCCAAGCCCCCCAACUCCCUCCAGACCCGGAUAUCCCCCUACUGGAGGUUUCCCAAGUACUCCAACUCCCUCGGGUCCUGGAUAUCCCCCUGCUGGUCAAGUUGGAGGUUUCCCAAGCUUUACAACUCCAUCCCCCACUGGAGGUUUUCCAAGUACUCCAACACCAUCCGGCCCUGGAUAUCCCCCCUCCGGCCAAGUAGGAGGCUUCCCAAGUCCUCCAACCCCAUCUAGACCUGGAUUUCCCCCCACUGGAGGUUUUCCAAGUACUCCAACUCCAUCCGGCCCUGGAUAUCCCCCCUCCGGCCAAGUUGGAGGCUUCCCAAGUUCACCAACCCCAUCUAGACCUGGAUUUCCCCCCACUGGAGGUUUUCCAAGCCCUUCAACUCCAUCUAGACCUGGAUUUGUCCCCACUGGAGGCUUCCCAAGCCCUCCAGCUCCACCUAGACCUGGAUUUCCCCCUACUGGAGGUUUCCCAAGUACUCCAACUCCGUCUAGACCCGGCUUUCCGCCUACUCCAUCUGGUCCUGGAUAUCCUCCCGCUGGUCCAGGAGGGUUUCCAAGUCCUCCAACUCCCUCGCAACCGUUCUCUAAACCUGGUGGUUUUCCUGGUACUACUCCCGUCUCUGACUUUGGAGGUUUUCCGGGAAGUACUCCAGCACCUGGGGGUUUCCCUCCAAGGCCCCAAGGACCUCCCGUUACAUUCCCAGGAGCUCAAGGUGGGGGAGAAGAAGGACAAUAUACAGGAGAAUACGAGGAAGAAGGGGAUUAUUCAGCAAUUCCCGGAGAACCUGAUAAGGAUUAUCCCAUUUUUUCCGAAAUUCCUCAAACAUCCUUUUCUUGUGACCAACAGCAAUAUCCAGGAUAUUACGCCGAUGUUGAAACCAGAUGUCAAGUUUUCCAUAUUUGUGCAAACAAUAAAACUUAUGAUUUUCUAUGUCCCAAUGGUACCAUCUUUCAUCAAGAGUACCUGGUUUGUGUAUGGUGGAACCAGUUUGAUUGUAAUUCAGCUCCUUCUUUGUAUGGAAUCAACGCAAAUAUCUACGAUUACUCCAUUGUGGGGGCCCAACAAGGACCACAACCCCAAGGGCCAAUUGGAGUACAACCACAAGGACCUGGAGGAUUCCCUGCCGGACCUCAAGGAGCUGGAACAUUCCCAAUAGCACCUCAAGGUCCUUCAGGAGCUGGAGCAAGACCUGAAGGAUACCCAACAGGACCUCAGGGAAGACCGGGAGGAUUUCCAACAGCACCACAAGGUCCUGGAGGAUUCCCUACUGGACCUCAAGAAGCUGCACCAGGAUACCCAACAAGACCUCAAGAAAGACCAACAGGUUUUCCAGCUAGACCAACAGAACCCCAAGGAAGACCUGGGGAAUUCCCAACAACGCCUCAAGGAUCUGGUGGAUACCCAACAGGACCUCAAGGAAGACCGGGAGCUCCUCCUUCAGGACCUCAAGGAGGAUUUCCAACAGGACCUCAAGGAAGACCCGGAGCUCCUCCAGCUGCUCCACAAGGACCUGGAGGAAGGCCACAAGCUCCUUUAGGACCUGGAGAAGGUUAUCCUAGUGGACGCCCUUCUGUUCCUUUCCCAAGUUCCAAACCAGAAGAACCUACAAGAGAAUAUUUACCGCCUGUUAAUGGAAAAUGAUUGAUUUAAGAAAGUACCUCCUUUAAUACUCCUUUUAAAUAAUUUAUAAUUAUGUAUAUAAAGUGAUAAAUAAUAUAUUUUGUAUAAAGCAAACAAAA